AUGUUCGUCAGCCCAUCAGCUGUGAGCCCUGUCGUCGCCGCAAAAUCAAAUGCUCGCGCACUCGCGCCCCCUGUGAGACAUGUCGUCGACGAGGAUGUGCAAGCAGCUGUUUUUACACAGGAGCUUCUAGACCGUGUUGCUAGUCUGGAGAUGCAGCUGGAGAAAUAUUCUAGGGCUAAUAUUGAUGCGAGUCCAAAUGUAAUUGGCAAGCAGAGAGAAGAUAGAGAUGUGCAAAAUACUAUACUCUCUCCGCCUGAAGAGCCCACAGCUGGAAUUCCACAAUACGAUGCGAUGCCUGAAUCGACAUCUUCGUCUUCGACGAGCUCCCAGCUAGAGAAUUCGCCCCCUACCCCGCGAAACACGGGAGUCUUAACUGCCCUGCCUAAUGGGAAUGUACAUUACUCGCCCCAAAUCUCACAAUGGAACACUGUACUUGUGAAUACCAAUUUCGCAAUUGAAUUGCCUUCUUUAGACGAUGCGGAUGAUUCUCCUCCUGCUGAUGUUGGAUUUCCAUUCUCCGCGUCCGCAUCCUCGUCCUCGAUCUCGAUCGAUGGGUUGCUGUCGAUUUUGCCACCUACGCGCCAGUGCACGUAUUUGAAGGAUAUGUACUUUUCGGUGUUGUCUCCUUUAUUCCACAUCCUACAUGACCCAACCUUCCACUCCCAAUACCAGCAAUUUGUAGAGAAUCCAGCUUCGACAUCGCCGUCCUGGCUAGCGAUCUUGUUCGUCUUACUGGCCUUGGCUGUGACGACCCUAGACGACAAUCAUCCUAUCUUGCGCGACUUGGGACGUGGCGCAGAUUCGUUCGCGAAUAUACGAGUGCUGGGAAAGCGUUAUCGAGAGGGGGCGAUGCAAUGUUUGGGGAAGCAGGGCGUGUUUUGGGGAAAGCACAAUGUACAGUCACUUCAGGCGUUGAUUUUGCUGGUCUAUGCGAUGAAUCAUAAUCAGGAUCCGACUUGGACCAUUUUGGGUACUACAUAUCAUGUAGCAAUUGCCCUAGGCUGCCAUGUCGAUCCUUCCAUUCUCCAUCUCGACCCCAUCCAAAGCGAAGAGCGUCGUCGCUGUUGGGCCGGCCUAAUGAUGCUCUAUACCAUUCAAACUACCGCCCUCGGAAUUACCGAUUCUUUUUGGACAUGCAAAAACACCGUCCGUCUCCCCGCCGACGUAAACGACACCGACAUCACUCUCACAGAUAUCCAAACUCCUUCCCCCGGUCCAACCCAAAUGUCGUAUUUACUCUUCAAAUUCCAGCUAUAUGAUCUCGCCAGCGCUAUCUGUAGGGAAACAUUCACUUCCUCCACACCCAGCGCGCGCGCGAUUAAAGACCUCGACGCACAGAUUUGUGCUGCGCAAGAACUCUGGGAUAAGCGCUACGCAUCGCAUUCGUCACGAGCGCCAGUUCCCACACACCACGUUGUACAUUUGCAUAUUCUGUAUGGGUAUUCGCACCAGCUUUUUCUGUUGCUGCACCGGCCUUUUUUUGCACAAUCUUUGCUGGGUCUUGACCUAGAAGCGCCCAACGACUCGCAGAUUCGAUGUCUGGCAAGUGCAGAGGCCCUCCUAGAUAUUCACCGCACAUUGGUAGAGACUCCCGCAAACAGGCAAUAUAUGUGGUACACGCGGGGCCUGGGCAGCUUCCACGCAUUUCAUGCGGCGGUGGUGCUGGCGGUGGCACUGUUGAUGCCAGUUUAUAGAGCGCAAUAUGAGAGGUUCAAAGAAAUGCUAGAAGGAGCGUUGGCAAGGCUUGAGGGAAUGGGGGCGAGGAGUCGUGUAUGUGAGAGGGGAGCGAGGAUUCUGAAGUUUUUGUUGGCAAUGCCGUCUCCAAAUCGAAUACCAAUAGAAGUAGUGCAGGAUCAGGAGUGGGAUUCAACCCGCUUGAAAGGGGUUGCGGCGAAGCUGCAGGCUGAACAGUGGCUGAGACCAGAGAGUAUGGAUUGGGAUGGAUGGGGUGAACUUAUGACGGAUGUAGUAGUUGGGGAAUGA